CUGGACCUGAUGGGAGAUGAGACCCCCAGCCUGGCCAGGGGGCGGCAGCAGCUGAAGUGGGACCGCAAGAGGAAGCGCUUUGUGGGCAGCUCCGGCCAGGAGGACAAGAAGAAGAUCAAGACCGAGAGCGGCCGCUACAUCAGCAGCUCCUACAAGAGAGACCUCUACCAGAAGUGGAAGCAGAAGAACAGGAUCGAGGACCGGGACUCCGAGGAGGAUGAGGGCCAGGCCAAGAGGAGAGGCCCGAAUCGGGGUCGAGGCCGAGGGGCAUCGGCGGGCCGCACGCAGGGGCCGGGUGGGCGCGUGCGCUCCGAGCUGAAGAACAAGCAGCAGAUCCUGAAGCAGCGGCGCCGGGCGGAGAAGCAGCGCUUCCUGCAGCGAGGCGGCCUCAAGCAGCUCUCGGCCCGCAACCGGCGGCGGGCGCAGGAGCUGCGGAAGAGCGCCUUCGGCAGGGGCCCCGGGGGCAGCCGCAAGGGCAAGAUGAGGAAGAAGAUGUGAGAUCCCGCUGAGGAGCCGAGCCCCGGGCCUGCUGCCUGACAGGGAGACGCGUCCCUGCUCUGCACCCCCUCCCAGGUUCCCACCAGAGACCUGCGGGGUCCCGGCUCCCCGGGUUGGCCUCGCUCCCAAUUCCGGGCUGACGGGGAGGCGGCGAACAUGAAAACAUACGAGGCGCUCACGGCUCAGGAGCUGGAAGUUUGGAAAAGGAGAUUCCCCAAGUUCUUUCUGUCCCCUUACAAGGCCACCACGGAGCUCCGUCCUGUGCUGACCUUGAGUUUAUACUUGACGGAUUUUUCACUCCAAGUGAGUGAUUCAUUGAUGAGACUAGGAAUAAUGCAAAUUUAAUGGAUUGUUUGGUCUGAGGGAGUGAACAUCCCUGGGCCUGGGCCUGGGCCUGGGCCUGGGCCUGAGCCUGGGUCUGAGCCUGGGUCUGGGCCGGGAGGCUGCCCGCUUCCUGCCCUCCUCCUCCCGCCCAAGAGAAGGAACCUGUUUGCUCAGGCCCUGCUGCUCCCUCAUCCUGGAGGACUGGCCCCGGGAACCCCCCAGAGGGCCUCCCAGAGAUGAUGGGGUGCAAGCCGAGGGGUUGGGGGACACAUUGCCGCUACACCCAGCAGGUGCCUAAUAAACCUUGAAUCCACA